AUGUCUGGUAGCGCGGAGGCUCGAACACAGCACCUUGGGGGUACGUGCCAAACAAUUUAAUCACACAGCCAUAGCGGCUUGUAGAAAAGAUAUUUCAAAAAUAGUCCACAGAUACAAAAAUGAUGAUUCAUCGUUGAUCACGCUACACACGUGGUGGCACAUGUGAAUAUCAACUUAAAUAAUGACAGAAAUUUGACCUCUUUAUCACUUUACAAAUAUGAGAUAUUUUUAAUAAAGUUUUAAAUAUAAAGUAUAAUACUGCUAUGAAAAUCAUAAUAAAAUUCUUCUGAAUUUAUUUAAACACUCGAACUUUCGAUCACAACUUAGAUCAUUUUCAAGAGUCUAAAUGAUCUAAAUGGUCUAAGUUGUGAUCGAAAGUUCGAGUGUUUAAAUAAAUUCAGAAGAAUUUUAUUAUGAUUUUCAUAGCUGUAUUAUACUUUAUAUUUAAAACUGUAUUUCCAACUGCUCAUUCAAAUAAUUAAUGAGAUAUUUUAAUUUUAUUGAAAAUGGUGCCACAUGUUUAAACCGCGAUUUUUGUGUCGGGAGUAGUUUUGAAAACGUCAUAGCUCAAUGAUCAUUCAUUACUUUUUCCAUCGUCAAAUGUCAUGUUACUCAGAAAUCUUUGCUCUUUCAUAUGAGACCGAAAAAGUCGCAAGUUUUUUCCAGUCUAAACACCGUAGGUCUUGGGUUACGUGC